GUCACUCGUCGUGCGUUCGCGAAUGCUCUUGUGCUCGGAUCAUUCUCUUAGUGGAGCACUCAGUGCGCUGCAAGCGCUCCGAGACUGCGUGUCGACUUUACGACCUCGAAUGAAGAAACGAGGGGUUCGCGAAAAUUCAUCCUUUCAAUUGCAAGCUACAAAUGUGAAAAUGAAUUUUUCAACGCGGCACCGCUGUACAAAGACUCGAAACGGAUCGUAAGACGUUUUUCAGCGAAUCGGAAGUCCGCUUCGGGCUGGCGGCAUCGAAUUUGCGCGAUUCGCCCGGCUAAAAAAAGAAAACAAACGAGAUAGCGGCACUCGAGUAAAAUUCUGAACGAAGAUUCGGGGCAAAGUGAUAUAUCGACGAGCGUGCGACGAUAAUUUUAGAACGAAACCUUUCGUCCGGUUCCAGGUGCCAACGAAACGACGGAGAGACGUAUGAACGAACGAGUAAGGUGUAAGCGCGAUUAGAAGUUGCAUCGCGUCGAGGAAGCGAGGGACGCGAAGCGUCUCUCGAAUCACCGGUGAAAAACAGCGCUUGAAGGAUCUUGCAAAGUUCGAAAGUGUAGCCUGUGUUUGAAGAUAUCGCUGCUGGUGCAACGACGAAGCAAUAUAUACGGGAUAUCAGGAAGAAACUUUUUCGAAGGUGCGAAAAUGGAACACAGAUACGCGGCUGUUUUAAAAUAUCGGAUCGUCGCGAUAUCACCACCGCUUUUCCAAUCAAAAUUUCCUCGCGAUUAACAUUACGCCAAACUAUUCCCACGCUCCUACGCCCACAGUCAUUUCUAUUAAUCUUCGCUCCCUCCGACGAUGCGAUUCGCGACGUGUUUAAGUAGGUAUAAGCAGACUCAGUGUCGUCGUUCACGUAUCGAGUAUCCAAGUAUUAUAGCUCGAUUAGCAUGCCGUUGGUCCGAAAAGGCGUUUUCCCUCGUUACGGAUGGCCGACCCUUUUGGUUCUCCGAAUGCUAGUUCGAUUACCGGGUCUGCCCUCUAUCUAGAUCGAAAUCGCGGUAGAAAUUAAUUACCAGCGUCGACGUUUCUCGAUAUCGUUCCACUUGACCAUCUUUUUCCACCAGUAUUCAUUCCGUUAGAAUUCGUUAGAGUUCGUUCGAUUCCUUCGCUUGUUCGUUCGGACUUUGUUUUGCGGUCAUGGCGAGUGUAACUUCGGUCGAUCGCAUAAAAAUCGCCGGGUCCCGUGAAAAGUCGAUGUUUCUCUCACGGAGACGUUUUAAUUGUGGCGGAGUAGCUUAUCGGGCCGAGUGACAAACUAGAGAGAUACCAAGUGUCACGUUUCCAAGAUCUUUGCUAUGGGAAAAGAAUCGCUCGCAACUACCGGAAGAAAGAAACCGUAUGUUUCCAUACGGUAUAGCACCGACGCGUUAAUUACAGUUUUAUGAAUUUUGUUGGCCGCUCAAACUCGGAAACAGGACGGAUCCGGAUCGGUGAUUAAUAGAAGAAUCGAUUUCCAUUGAGGCAAAACAAUGGCCGAGCAAAGUUUGUUUCGACAAAGGGCCGAAUCAAAUGCAAAUUGCACGGCAUUGCGCGACGCGGAACUAUUUCACCAGCGAACACGAAAUUACAUUUUAGCGAGAAUCAUCGUCACCGAAGCUGUACUUUCUCGUUCGUCUCGCCUUUUGGAAUGACCGAUGAACCGCGAGACAGAUACUUCCGACUGAUUUUUUCCAGUUCUCGAAGAAAUUGGUAAUUUCGACGUGUCGCGUCGAAUUUCAACGAACCCGGAAUCGCCAUAUAGCAGAACGGUUCGAUGAACGAAGAACGAAUUCGUCGGAAGUCUGGUGAAAUCACGGAAGAAGGCGGCAAAGUCGGGGCGUCGGGAUGCAAAGAAGAACGGUAAAAGGAAUUCGGCAAUACCGUGGUCCCUAUGGCUAGUAGUAAUCGCAGAGGGAGAAACUCGAUUAUCUCGGCUUGCCGAACACCGAUCAUUCUCACGAUCUCACACGGAAGAGACACAAAAAGAGAUCGUAGCCUCGAGGACCAAUCGAUCGCGUUAACGCGAAACGACCGUCGAAAGAAAACCACUUCGAUACCAGGAUAUUGCGAUAAGGGACGAACGGACGACAACCAUCUACCCUUUUGGGCUUGCCACUUUUUCUCGAGGCAAACAAAAGAACCCGAGAAAGUGCGGGUUCAACGGGAAGAAUCGUGAUCGACUUUCGAAGCAAGCGAUUUCAGAUCCCUUAGACGUCGUCGAUCGCCAAGGGAAUCGCGUAACGUCUAUCGAAAGAAAUUAAACUUACGAUUAUCUACGAAGACGAAGAGCGCGUACAUCCAACGAAGAAUUAAUUCUGUGCAAAGGGCCAGCGAUGAUAAUUCGUCUCGUGAGCAGACAUGCAACGUGAACGAAGAGUAAGAGUGAAACGUCCGAGAUAGCGGUGAUUUUAAUUAACGAAACUAACAAAGUGGAACGAUGCAGUUGUCAAAUACUCGAUGGAAACAUUGUUUCGGCGAUUUCUACGUAAACCGGUAGAUCUCCUUUAAGUACAAGAUAUAGAGAAGCAAAGUUUGCAAGAACUUUUGUACAGAACGGUGUGCGAGUUCUCGUUCGAACGAACGAUUUAACGUACCGUCUUGUUUGUUCGAUUGUGAUCGAAAGAACUCGACUUAUCCCGUACUGGUUAAGCUUAACGGCAGCGCUUUUCCCACUAACAAAUUUUAAUCGGUCUCGUACAGCGAAUAGAAUUUCGCGAGUCUUGGCACGUCGGGAGCCAGAAGGAAACGCGAUGCAUGUAUCUAUACACCCCAAAAAUCGAUGAAAGGAAGGACACGCUGCAGCAUCUGACGAUAAUCUCCGAGACGCGCGUGAUCGCGGACACGCAUCGACUCGCGACUCUGAUUCCUUUUACGUACAUUCCCGCGAUUCGUCCUAUGAUUCGCUCUCACGCGCGAUAGCGACGAUUGUUAGUCACCGCGAGAGUCGAUUAAUUAUGUCACGGUUUCACGAUAUGCAAAUACGCGCAUCUGGAGGCGCGGGCUGAUACGUCGCCAUUCACCCAGAUUCCUGGAAAUGGAAAACUGGAAAUAGGGAGACGAAUAUGAAACUGUGAAAUUACGAUAUAUCGCAGAUGUACACACAAGAAGUUAACAAAACUGUCAUGAAGAUCGAGCAAAUCGAAUUAGAAUCGAUACUGUUUCAGAACACGCGAGAACGAUACGAAACUAGAUAACACUUUGGAAUUUCGAUAAAAUAUUCGUCAUGUUACCAAAACUAUUAGUUCUCGGCUCUCACAAGGUCAAAAGGUAGUGAGAGUCGAAUUAAAAUAAUAAUAAGACGAACGUAUUAAGAUUACGUACCAAAGGAUUGCAUCGAACAUAAGCUUAAAUCGUUCGAAGCAAAGUAACAAAGACAAAUUCAUUCCCGAGUGAAUCUUUUCCUGAAAGAAAAAUCUACAGUGAAAAAACGAUCUAAUUACAUAGGUACUGAUAUGUAUAUAAGUGAUAAAGACAAGAAAUAUUUUUGAACAGUGAGGCAUGAGAUUGAAAGGAAAUAAAGAAAAAGACUGAUGAAGAAUCGGGUGAAUGAAAAGAAAAAACGGAGAUACUUGAAAACGAUGGAAACAAGCCUCAAAAUUUUCAACAGCACCAGUUACUACGAUGCUGGACAAUUAUUGGAAAAUUUAUCGAUUAAAGAGACCACGAGAGAACCACUCGAAUGUAAACAGGAAAUCAAUUCGAACGGUCUGUUUGAUUUCAUUAUCUAUGGCGUGCUGAUGAACCUGAUCGGUCUUUUUGGGAUAUUCGGCAACGCGAUUUCGAUGAUCAUUCUCUCGAGGCCGCAAAUGAAAUCGUCGAUCAAUUACUUGUUAAUUGGCCUAGCCAGAUGCGACACCGUCUUAAUUAUCAUUUCGAUAUUAAUUUACGGCUUACCUGUUAUUUACACGUAUACUGGCCAGCUGUUCGACUAUAAGUUCAUCGUGCACCCGAAGAUAGUCCGAUUCUUAUAUCCAUUAUCAUGCAUAGCGCAAAUAGCAACGGUGUACUUGACUCUAACUGUGACUCUAGAGAGAUAUAUCGCAGUAUGUCAUCCUUUACAAGCUAGGUCUUUUUGUACAUACGGACGAGCUCGACUAGCCGUAUUGGUUAUCGUGCUAUUUUCCUUUCUUUACAAUCUACCAAAAUUUUGGGAGGUAGAUUACUAUGCGGAAGUUCAUUGGAAGUACAAUGUUACUAUAUACUGCAUAUAUCCGGCAGACUUGAGAAGCAACAACUUGUAUGUCACCGUUUACGUCCACUGGAUGUAUUUCUUUAUUUGUUACCUGUUUCCCUUUCUUGCUUUGGUGAUAUUCAACGCUGCCAUUUACCAAAGGGUGAGAAAAGCAAAUAGAGAUUUGCAACAGCUUUCUCGACAUCAAAGACGCGAAAUCGGACUAGCAACCAUGUUACUUUGCGUGGUGAUCGUUUUCCUAAUCUGUAACAUCCUACCGCUAGCCUCAAACAUUCACGAGACCUUCUUCAGCGAUCCGCCACAUUGGUUGGUGCAGACAGGCAAUCUUCUCGUGACAAUCAAUAGUAGCAUCAAUUUCAUUAUCUACGUGAUCUUCGGUAGGAAAUUCAAAAGGAUAUUUUUGAAGCUGUUUUGCAAUUCAAAGUUAUUCCGACCUGGCAGAGACAGUCCAGAAUUUCAAACUUACGACGAAUCGAUCGUUACCAAUAUGACCAAUAUAGAAUUAAGGAACUCUAUCAGACAUUAUCACGUAAACAGAUCGAGUACUAUCAACAGAAAUAACAAUGUCUCGAACGGCAGUAUGCGACAAAGCGUGAAAAUAUCAGCAAGACCAGCCAGUCCAGGACCUUGUGUGUAUUAUCCUGCAAGGAGUCCUGUCAGAAGCCCUAGUCAGAUGUCCGCAACAUCAAGCACACAGAAUGGGUGGAGUAAAAAAGAUGUAAAUUCUUCUUUGUAAUAAAUCUUAAAUAUUUAAUCUAAUCGCAAUAAGUCGACGAUCAUUCAUGAAUAACAAUGAAUAUCUUUUGUGCAUCAAAUAAGAUGAAAUAAGAAAAUCUUUUUGUACAAAAAUCAUUCAAAUUGAAUGUAAUCAGAUAAGCUCGAAAAUAUUGGUGUUUAUCUGUCUUGCUAGUUAAUUUUCGGACAAAAAACAGCAUAGAUAUUGUAAAUUUAUUCUCAUAUUUUAUUAAAUAAUAAUUCAAUCUCUCGAAUUAUUUCAAUUUUUAUUUAAGUUUUACGCACACUUGUUAUCUUUCUUCUUCUUCUUUUUUUACAGUUACCAUCGAUAAAACAAUUUACACAUACUUAUUUUUAUAAAGACUUUAAUAUCAUAUAAUAAUCACAGAAAUUUCAAAAAUGCGAUGCAUUUUGUCACAGAUUUCAUACAACUGCUUCAUAAUGUACAUAUUGUAUACGAGACAUUUUAUCAUCGUAAUGAAUAAACAUUACUUAAAUAUGUGUAAAAGGUCAUCGUUCUCCGAAGUUUGAUGCACGAAUUAGGAAGAAAAUAAUAAUAUUUGAAAAAAUAUAUUUUUCGACUAUUAGACAAACAAAAGAUAUUCAGAAACAAGAAUAUUGUUGAAAAAACAAAACAUAAAUCAGUACGUGUUUACUUGUUACAAAACCUAUAAAAGGAGUGAUUACCUUGCACGAAAAGGCAUUCUCGCGUUGUUAUAAUCCACAAAAAUUUUAGCAAGUUGUAAAUAUACUCAAACUAUUUUGAUAUGUUUAAAUAGAGACUUAUAGGUGAAACUUAUUUUUGGUGUAUAAGUUAUAUCUAUAAUGUCCACUAUCUUUCCUGAAAACAGGCAUUGAAAGAGAAAUGACUAAAAUAAGAUCAACGUUCCCCAUUACUCUUAUUCUUAUAAAGAGGCUGAAUUUAUUUGUAAACAAGAAUCAAAAAUUUACGCAAAUACAGUAUUAUCAACAUUUCUCCAGCACUGCUUACAAUGUUUGAACGAAUGUAAAUAAUAUCCAAAUUCGAUAGGAAUAAAAUUUCACUCGAUUUUGUAUCUUGAAAAGGAUAAAAAAUAAAUAAAUAUUUAGAUCGCGAAACAAUUCGGUUAUUUCGAAACGUCAUUUAUAAUAGAAUACUUGGAUGUGUAUAACCGAAACAUUGAAACACAAAAAUAUUGUAUUCGUUAUAGCUCACUUAUUAUUCUAAGAUGCUAAGGUGUAUUAUACUGAUCAAAAAAAUAAAAACAUUCAUAUAUGUAAUAAUUAAUAUUUAAGUUUAUCAUAUAACGGUCUUCCCUCCGUGUAAAAUAAGCACGAUAUUCACUUCAUUGAAAUCUUUUAUCUCAUAACUAAAAAAGUAUGCCUGUAUUUUUAUUUUUUUAGAUCUAUACCUUAGUACUUUAGAAUUGGAUACAAACAUGUACCUGAAAUUAUUUACUAUGAGUAGAUCGUUUAGAUUCUUUUAUAUUAUGUCGCAAUAAUUCUUCUGUGAACGUCGAUAUACUUUUGUUAAGGAUAUUUCAUGUAAAAGGAGAUAUACAUGUUAUCAAUAUAUUUUGUUCUAUUAUUUCUAUCAAGCGUACAAACUUUUAUAAGCAACACAAAAUGUUACAAAUGAUAUGUAUAAAUACAAAAAACGAGAACUGAUUUAGUUAGAACUUCGUGAUGAAUUUAAUUGAUUUGAAUUUAAAAAAAAACGUUUAGCAACCAAAGUACGUCAUUCUUAAAGUAGUAAUAUCAAAAUUUAGGGUCAAAUAGAGGGAAAAUAAACGCUCUCAUAGUUAUAUGAUAAAAAAUAGUAUGAAUCACAUAAAUAUACAUUAUAUUCUAAUCACAAGGUUUCGAUUAACAGGUAAUUAAAUUCGAAAUUAUUAUGAUUAUAUAAAUAGUAUAGGCAAUAAAAAUAUAUCAUCGUAAAUUAAUUGUAGAUAUUAUUUCCUUGCGAUUGUAGCUAUUCAGAACCAUUCCAGCUUUGUAGAUAUUUUAAUUUAUAAUUGAUUACGUAAACACAUUUUUCAUACUGUUCCUUUCGUUAAUAAUGCCCUAUAUUAAAUGGGAUUGUCCUACAUCAUAGUUAAAUAAUAUUAUAAACAUUAAAACAUCCAUACAAAGAUAGUAAGUAUAGGUACAGUUAAAUUUAUUUUUAGACUUACAAUAUAUUUAAUUUAUAAAAAAUUAAAAAUUCUUGUUCUAAAAAUUUUGAUACAUUGCGAUAUAUUAAUAAAAAUAAAUGAUGAGGUUUUAAUAAUUAAUAAUUCUUUAUUCCUAAUGAGAAUAAAGUAAC